AUGGCCCCCUUCGCCGCCGCCCUCUCCCACUCGCCCGUCCCCGCGUUGAUCCGCUUCGGGGGGUCCUCCGCUCCCGUCCAUCGCCUCCGCCUUCGCACCGCCGGUGCGCGGUUCGGCAGGCUGCCAUCGCUGAGGAGGGCGAACAUUAGAUGCGGCUCCUCCUCUUCGGAUUCCUCCCGGGGCGCCGCCGUUCUCGCGAAACCCUCCGGCGAGCCCAAGGUUAGGGCAUCUCUGAGAUUGCUCGGUUUCGAUCUGUUCUUUCCCGUCGGAGAUUCCCCGGUUCAUUCUGUUUCUUUGCUUUCGAUUCGCCGCCGUUUCAAAUUUUCCGAUUUCUCCGGAAAACAAGCGAAUCGAGGAUUCAAUUCAGCCCACUGCGAUUCACCUGGUUUACUUCCUGCGAUCGGGGCUCAUUGUUUUCCGGUGGAUCUCAGACGGGGAGCUGGGCGUGGAGAUUUGAAGAACAGUCCGUGAAUGUUUACUACGAGGUGCACGGGGAGGGCGGCACUGGAAGCUCGAAGACCGUCCUCAUGAUCCCGACCAUCUCUGACGUGAGCACGGUGGAGGAGUGGAGGGCAGUGGCCAGAGACAUCGUCGGCCGCGGAGGGGAGACGAACUGGCGCGCCGUCAUCGUUGACUGGCCUGGCUUGGGAUAUUCUGAUCGGCCCUCCCUGAACUACAAUGCCGACGUUAUGGAAGAUUUCCUGGUCGCCUUUCUCAAUACCCAGAACGGCCCUCUCUCCGGUGCAGGUUCGUCAUCGCCUCUGGGAUUAUCCCACUCAAUCAGUGGUCAACGCUGAUUGGUUCUAUAUGCUUCCAUGGAGUCCAAUUCUUUCUUCUUUCUUCUCUCUAAAGGGUUGACCAUUCGCACACAAUGGAUAUGUUCUUCCUGUCAGUCUUUUUUAUCAGUGUUCCAUUUUGAAACUGUGCCGCCGUUGGUUGUGAUCGCAAAAAUUUGUGAUUUAUUAACGGCAUCUUCAUCGUUGACUUUGUUUUGAGAUACGGGACGGUGUUCUAUCCAUUGGCCUACCCAUUUACUUUAAAAUGAUUUUACGGACCUUCGGUUUGACUUUUGAUUCGUGAUUAGGUUUUUUGCCAGAUAUAGACGAUGUUCCAUGACCAUCGCCCAUUUGGGCCAGUGCUUGAUCCUGUCUAUUGCCCUGCCCAUUCUCAGCGAUUUAAAGUUUGACUUUUGCUUCUUUAUGUUUCUGGCGGUUGUUUGAAGUUUCCUUGUUAAUUGUGUUCCCCUUCUUAUUGUGGUGACGAAAUUCUAGCGAAAUUCUAGCAUAGACGGGUGGGUUUUUAACCUCCUCCUAUUCCAGAUUAGGAGUCAACGAUGAGAGAUAAACCCUGAAUCGUCAUAUCAGAAAAAAAUGGGAUAUUGAUUCCAGCGGCCCUGUGGGCUGACCACUGGAAAAAAAAAAAAAAAAUCGUCUUUCUGACGGAAAACAAAGCUGCCUGCCUGCGGACUUUCUAAUUUGGUUGCCAUUUUUGGAUCCAACCUCGGAGUUUGUCAUCGCAAUCCCAUCACAGCAUUUCCAACUCUGAACUGGCAUCCGGCUGUUGACCAGGUGAGGGGCCGAUCAUCUUCGGCGGAGGCCAUGCGGCGACCAUAGCCCUUCGGGCAGCGAAAAAGGGCCUGGUGAAGCCUUCGGCGGUGGCCGCCGUCGCCCCCACCUGGGCGGGCCCUUUGCCUAUCGUCUUCGGCCGAGACUCCAACAUGGAAUCCAGGUUCCUAUCACUAAACAAGAUCCUCUCUCUCUCUCUCUCUCUCUCUCUUUCUCUCUUUCUUUAACCUCAAAUCCCAUUCAGAAUGUACCAUCUGAGCUCAGUUGGGAUGGGUGCAGAUACGGGCUUCUGCGGGGGACGCUGAGAACGCCGGCGGUGGGAUGGGUCAUGUACAGCAUGCUGGUGAGCAACGAGAAGGCCAUCCAGACGCAGUACACCUCUCACGUCUACGCCGACGCCAGCAACGUGACGGAGGAGAUAGUGAAGAGCCGCUACGAGCUGACCAAGCGCAAGGGCGCGCGCUACGUGCCGGCGGCGUUCCUCACCGGCGAGCUCGAUCCGGUGGCUUCGCGGGAGGAGUUCCUCGCGCUGUUCGCAGAGAUGGAAGGGCGAGUGCCAGUUCUAGUCGUAGGGGCGGAGGGCGCGCCGAAGAGGUCCAAGGCGGAGAUAGACGCUCUGAGAGGGGCCAGGGGGGUGAGCAAGUUUGUGGAGGUCCCCGGAGCGCUGCUCCCUCAUGAGGAGUACCCCCAGGAGGUUGCGGCUCAGCUGUACCAGUUCUUGGAGGAGACCUUCUCCUCAGCCUGA